ACCCAAAGUCCCGAAAAAAUUUCGCAAGCCGAAACAAAUAACCCUGCUACGGGCCUACGGCAGUUCGCAUCAUGAUUUACAGAAAGUCUGAAACCCUCAUCUCCUAUCAGAUACUAUAAACCCUAAUUAAAAACCCUUGCAUCUUCACCUGUUAAUUCAUCAUGGAAUUCAUUACUGCACUGAGAUCCGGAUUCAACGUACCCCCAAACACGAUGGGCUUAACAGAAAACAACUCCGCCACUUUCUUGUCUUCCGCCAAUCCUUGUCUCGAUUUCUUCUUCCACGUCGUCCCCGACACGCCGCCAUCUCAACUAGUCCAGCGCCUAGAAAGAUCUUGGUCUCAUGAUCCACUCACCACUCUCAAACUUAUCUGUAAUCUCCGAGGUGUUAGAGGCACCGGCAAGUCUGAUAAAGAAGGCUUUUACACUGCUGCAUUGUGGCUACACCAGCACCACCCCAAAACCCUAGCGUGUAAUGUGAAUGCUUACGUGGCGUUUGGGUAUUUUAAGGAUUUGUUGGAGAUCUUGUUUAGGAUACUGCAAGGUGGUGAUGCUAGGGCGAGGGUAAAGAGGGAAAGGAAGGCGAUGAAGCCGUCGAAAGGGAGAGGGGGAUUGAGAGGGGUUCAGGGGGAUGUGAAGUUUAAGGCGGAUUCGAGGAAGAAGGAGAGGGAAUUGAGGGAUUUGAUUCCGAGGGAAGUGAGGAUUGAGGCUAAUAAGGCGAAAGUGAUGGAUGAUAAACAGAGGGCUAGGAAGUUGAGGAAGGAGAAAGAGGCUGAAAGAGUGAAAAAAGCUGUGGAUAUGUAUGAUAAUGAUGUGAAUUAUAGGUUCUUGCAUGAAAGUGUUUCGACUCUUUUUGCAGAGGUUCUUAAGGCGGAUAUGGAGUUGUUGAAUUUGAAGAAGGCUAAGAGUAUUAGUUUGGCAGGGAAGUGGUGCCCGUCUGUUGAUUCGUCGUAUGAUAAGUACACAUUGAUAUGUGCUAGUAUUGCCAAGAAACUGUUUCCGAGGGAAAUUUAUUCUGAGUAUGAAGGGGUUGGGGAUGAUAAGUAUGAAUUGGCGGUAAGAGAUAGGUUGAGGAAACAGGUGCUUGUUCCGCUUCAUGAGGCGCUUCAGUUGCCUGAGGUUUACAUGAGUGCAAGGAAGUGGGACUCUCUUCCUUACAAAAGAGUUGCUUCUGUAGCUAUGAAGACUUAUACUGAUAUUUUCAUGGAUCAUGAUAAAGAGAGGUUUAGCCAGUAUCUUGAAGAUGUGAAGCAAGGGAAAGCAAAGAUUGCAGCCGGGGCAUUGCUUCCACAUGAUAUAAUCAAGUCUUGUUUGGCUGGUCAUAGUGAUGGACAAGAGGCUGUGGCAGAGCUGCAGUGGAAACAAAUGGUGGAUGAUAUGUUGAAGAAAGGCAAAUUGACGAAUUGUAUUGCGGUCAGUGAUGUCUCGGGAAGUAUGGCAGGUACACCGAUGGAAGUUUCUGUUGCCCUUGGUUUAUUAGUUUCGGAACUUAGUGAUGAGCCUUGGAAAGGACAGCUAAUUACAUUUAGCUCUAACCCUGAACUUCAUGUAAUUGAUGGGAACAAUCUCCGCGAGAAGUGUGAAUUUAUUAAGAAUAUGAACUGGAAUAUGAAUACGGAUUUUCAGAAGGUGUUUGAUAAAAUAUUACAGAUUGCAGUUGAUGCAAAGCUGAGUCAAGAGCAAAUGGUAAAGAGGUUGUUUGUUUUCAGUGAUAUGGAGUUUGAUCAGGCAUCUUUGCAUCCGUGGGAGACUGAUUACAUGGUGAUUCAGAGGAAAUUCAGGGAGAAGGGGUAUGAAAAAGUGCCUGAAAUUGUGUUUUGGAACCUCAGGAACUCUUCUGCAACACCUGUCAAAGCCACAGAAAAUGGGGUAGCUCUGCUUAGUGGGUUCUCAAAGAAUUUGCUGACCAUCUUCUUGGAAGAAGGGGGAGAUAUGAAUCCUGAAGCUGUGAUGAAGGCUGCGAUUUCUGGUGACGACUAUCAGAAACUAGUUUUAUAUGACUGAUUGAUAGAGGAAUGAGGAUAUAUAUAUGUUUUGAAGUUCUCAGUUAUAUAAUGUGGUUUUUGAUAUUUGUUAUCUGAAUCUUGGGAUAUAUUUGAAUAUAUAAAAACAUAUUUUGUUUUUGGGCUGAA